AUGUGUUUUUGCAGACUUGUUGUUGCAGCAGACGUGUUGUGGCAGCAGACGGUUGUUGCAGCAGAACUGUUGUUGCAGCAGACUGUUGUGGCAGCAGACGUUUAUUUUGCACGCAGACGUGUUGUUGCAGCAGAUGGGUUUUCCGCAGCAGAACGGUUGUUGAAGACUGUUGUUGCAGCAGACCGUGGUUGUCGCAGCACGGUUGACGCAGCAGACAUGUGUGUUGCUGCAGACGUGUUGUCGAAGCCGACGUGUUGUUGCUGCUUCCGUGUUGUCGCAUCAGUCGUGUUUUUGCUGCAGACUUUUGUGCCAGCAGGCGUGUUGUGGAGCAGGCGUGUGCAGCAGGCGUGUUGUCCGCAGAAGGUUGUUGUCGCAACAGACGGUUGUUGCAGCAACUGUUGGUCGCACAGACUGUUGUUGCUGGCAGGCGUGACUGUAUAG